AUGUCUGCAAAGAAAACUACUUUUCUUUAAAUGAAAAGGAGACCAACAUACAGAGAAGGAUAUAGGCAACAAACAUGUUGAGUUAUAAAUGUUAUAAAUGCCUAUCUAAUAGUCCAAUUAAAAUAUAAUUUGGUUUAUUAAAUGAUCAAAUUACAGAACUUCAGUAAAAGCCCUCAGUGGAGUUACAUUGACGAUGACACGGGAAAAUCGUCAAAGGGUGAACUGGGAUGCAGUAUCCGGCACACUGCCGUCCCCUCAAAGUUCACAAAUUUUCCUUGUUCGGGGCUCGGGUUUUAUACACUUUAUUUUGCCCCUGGCACUAGAUUUCCCCAUAGUCUCUUUGUUCGGGGGGCCAGUUAUUUGAAUUCAUAGUUGUCUCCUGCCGGCUGAAAAGAUUUUCCUCCAGUACUGCGAGGUGUCAAUUUUGGGCUUCUUGUGGGUGAAUGGAAACUGAAGUUUAUGAAUGGAGGGGCGCUCUUCUCCAGGGAUCCGAGUGAUGAUGGUGCUCUGAUGGCUCUGCUGCCCAUGGGAGGAGAACUGAUUUCUUAUCUUAAUGUGUCCUUCUUUCAGGUGCCAAUCUCCUCAUCUCCAGUUCCGGGCACCUUAUUGUAUCCCCCUGAAUAGUAGUUACUAGGUGGUGCCACCUAGGAAUGCUAAUUCCAUGGCUGACUGGAAUUUAAGUUACAAUUUAUUUUAUGUUUUACCAAACCAUGAUUUUAUUAUGUUAUUAUCCCCAAAAACCACGAAUUAACCUGCUACAUUUAUUACAUUGAGGGACAGAAAAACGAAUUGUUGACUUCGCAGGUAAAAUUUGAUCAGUGGAAAGGAACUGGGUAGGACAAGAGGGGCUGCUGCUCUGCACUUCAGAAUGCUUUUAUCUGACUAGUACCCCAUCACAUAGUCUGGAGUGCAAACGCAGGGCUACAGAAAACACUGGCAUUUGUUGGCUUCCACAGACCGGCCAAGGCCGCAGGCAAAGCAGCACCCCCCAGUGAGGGAGCCGGGCCCAGCCCAAGGAGAACAAGCGACUCUCGGGGCAGGUUUGGGUCGCCACACACUCAGCGGCCCCUGGCAGAGAGGGCAGCUGGUUCCGGGCCGGCGACACCGUCCUCUCACUUUCCUGGGUCCUGCCGUGAUCCCGGCACCGGACGAUGCCGUGGGCGGGUGGGAGUUCCAAGCCUCAGCCACCCUCCAUCCUCGCUCCAAGCCCCGGUGGGGACACGGCCACGGGCAGUGGGUGCGGGGUUCGGCAGGGCUCCUGCCCGGCUUUAUGCUGCCGCUCGCACUUUGCAAGCGCGGUGGGACCGCGAAUCCCGGACGCCCGAGGCAGCCUCGCCUCCUCCACCGCCUCCUCCUCUUCCUCCUCCUCCUCCUGCGGAGCGGGGUGCAUGAUGGCGGCAGUGGAGGUAAGCAGCGCCAGCAGCAGCAGCACCGACUCCUCCAGCACGGGCGAAGAGGAGAGGAUGAGGCGCCUCUUCCAAACCUGCGACGGCGAUGGGGAUGGCUUCAUCAGCAGGAAUGAUUUGCUGAUGGUGUGCCGCCAACUGAAUAUGGAAGCAUCUGUUGCAGAGAUCAUGCACCAGCUGGGAGCAGAUGAAAAUGGAAAAAUUUCCUUCCAGGAUUUUAGUCAGUGCCGCAUGGAACUGGUACAGGAAAUCAAGAAGGAGGAAGUGGAGCUUUCUGUGAAAUUGGAUGACUCUUGUAAAAAGAAAAAGUUAAGGGAUAGAGUAGCUUCCUGGCCAACUAGCAGCAAUAACAGUUUAGGUGCCUUAUCAGGAGCCAAAGAAAGCUGGGGUUAUGAUUCAGGAAUGAGAGACCUUCAGAGUCCAGACCUCCACACUAAUUUUACGCUACAAAAGGUGUUGGAGGAUGGUGGAAGCAAUUUGACUCAACAGGCUGCACUGCAAAGACUUCUAGUUCAGGCCUCAAAUUUUAGCAACUCUGUUGGAGGAAGCUGCUUAGAACUUGCCAACACUCUUCAUUUAGCAGCCCUGGCUUCCUUAAAGGGAGACAUUGUGGAGCUUAAUAAGCGUCUACAACAAACAGAAAAGGAGCGUGACCUGUUGGAAAAAAAAUUAGCAAAGGCACAGUGUGAGCAGUCCCACCUGAUGAGAGAGCAUGAGGAUGUGCAGGAGCAAACAACGCUGCGCUAUGAGGAGCGGAUCACGGAGCUGCACAGCAUCAUUGCAGAGCUCAACAAGAAAAUCGACCGGCUGCAGGGAGCAACCAUAAGGGAGGAGGAUGAGUACUCAGAGCUGCGUUCGGAGCUGAGCCAAAGCCAGCAGGAGGUUAAUGAAGACUCACGCAGCAUGGACCAGAACUCUGUCUCAGUGCCAGAGAACCAGUCCACCAUGGUCACUGCAGAUGUGGAUAACUGUAGUGACUUGAAUUCAGAAUUGCAGAGAGUGCUGACAGGUCUGGAAAAUGUUGUCUGUGGAAGGAAGAAAAGCAGCUGCAGUUUAUCAGUGGCAGAAGUGGACAGGCACAUUGAACAACUCACUACUGCCAGCGAACAUUGUGAUUUAGCCAUUAAGACCGUGGAAGAAAUUGAGGGUGUGCUGGGACAUGACCUUUAUCCAAACCUAUCUGAGGAGAGGUCUCGGUGGGAGAAGGAGCUGGCUGGCCUGCGGGAAGAGAAUGAGAGCCUCACAGCCAUGUUGUGCAGCAAAGAGGAGGAGCUCAACAGGACCAAGGCCACCAUGAACACUGUCCGUGAGGAGAGGGACAGGCUGCGUAGAAGGGUUCGGGAGCUGCAGACUCGUUUGCAGAGCAUGCAGGCCACAGGCCCAUCCAGCCCGAGCCGCCUCACUCCUGCCAACCACCUCAUCAACCCCAGCACAGGAGAGCUGAGCACCAGCAGCAGCAGCAAUGACAUUCCCAUUGCCAAGAUUGCUGAAAGAGUGAAGCUUUCAAAGACAAGAUCAGAGUCUUCAUCAUCUGAUAGACCUGUCUUAGGAUCAGAAAUCAGCAGCAUAGGGGUGUCUAGUACCGUGGCUGAACACUUGGCACAUUCGCUCCAAGACUGCUCAAACAUCCAGGAAAUCUUCCAGACUCUCUAUUCACAUGGAUCUGCUAUUUCUGAAAGCAAAAUCCGGGAGUUUGAAGUCGAGACAGAGAGAUUAAAUAGCCGUAUUGAACACUUGAAAUCCCAGAAUGACUUGCUGACAAUAACACUGGAGGAGUGCAAAAACAAUGCAGAGAGGAUGAGCAUGCUUGUGGGCAAGUACGAGUCCAAUGCCACAGCCCUCAGGCUGGCACUGCAGUACAGUGAACAGUGCAUAGAAGCAUAUGAGCUGCUGUUGGCACUGGCAGAAAGUGAGCAGAGUCUCAUUCUUAGACAAUUCAGACCUGCAGGUGUUGGUUCUGUUGGGGACCAGACAAGUGAUGAAAAUGUCACACAGAUGCUUAAGAGGGCUCAUGACUGCAGGAAGACAGCUGAGAAUGCAGCAAAAGCCUUGCUGAUGAAGCUGGAUGGGAGCUGUGGGGGAGCCUAUGCAGUCACAGGCUGUAUCAUGCAGCCCUGGGAAAGCCUCUCUUCCAAUAGUCACACCAGUACUACCAGCUCAACUGCAAGUAGCUGUGACACAGAGUUUACAAAGGAGGAUGAGCAGCGGCUGAAGGAUUACAUCCAGCAGCUGAAAAAUGACAGGGCAGCGGUGAAACUGACAAUGCUGGAGCUAGAAAGCAUCCACAUUGAUCCCCUUAGUUAUGAUGUUAAACCACGUGGAGACAGCCAGAGGCUGGACCUGGAAAAUGCAGUCUUGAUGCAGGAACUCAUGGCAAUGAAGGAAGAGAUGGCUGAGCUCAAGGCACAGCUUUACCUGCUGGAGAAGGAGAAGAAGGCUUUGGAAUUGAAGCUGAGCACUCGCGAGGCCCAGGAGCAGGCCUACCUCGUCCAUAUUGAGCACUUGAAGUCUGAAGUGGAAGAACAGAAAGAGCAGAGAAUGAGGUCUCUUAGUUCAACCAGCAGCGGAAGCAAAGACAAACUGGGCAAGGAAUGCAGUGAUGGCACCAUAACACCGCUAACACUUGCUGAGCUGAGACCAUACAAUGAGAGUGAACUUACUGCUGAGCUGACAAAUGCACUCAGGAGCUAUCUGUGCAGAGUUUGGGUCACAGAGAAAAACUCCUGGAACAGUCCCAUCCAUGUAUGUUUAGCAGUGGGCUGAGCAGGUAUCAGCCAUCAUCUCUACAGCAAGGAGGUCCCCAGGAAGAAGCACCUGCCAUGCGCCACAUGCUGGGAACUGCUUUUUUAACCCAGCUUGUUAAGGCUGUAAAGCUUGCUCCUGCCCAGAACUUCUGUUUUGACCAGUUUUUCUUUCCCUCACAGAGAUACUUGUAAUGUGAAAAUAUUAUAAGAUAUCUUAUUUCCAUUUUGUCAUACUUCGUGUAAUUAGCUUUUGGUUCAGAAUUGCUAUGUAAGUACAGGUAGCAAUAUUGGCAUUUUAUGUCUCUUUUUUAAUCUAUCUUUGUACUUAUUUCUUAGUGUGAUUCACUGCAUACAACAUCAUGAUUUACCAGAGAAGUUUGUUUACUCUUUUGUCUGCUCUGUCUCUGAUCCUGAAUUCUAAAACAGUGAAUGUUCUAUGUUUCAUGAGGGUAGCUGCAACAAACUGACUUCAAACUGCCCCUGACUUCAGGGCUGAGGGUGGCAAGAAAAUAAUUAGGAGUGGGAACAACUGUUGGCACUAGAAAAAGAACACUUUAAUAACAGAUAAAAGAAAAUAGGGACAGUGCCCCAAAACCAUGCAUAGUAUCCAGGAGAACUUUGGAGUGGUAACCAACAGAAGACCUGGAAUUGUGGAAAAUAUGACAAUAUAUAGGGUAGGUCUGAGGGUAAGGGUCCAGUCAGAAUCUCCAACUGGGGACAUAACCGUAUUUGUACAACAUAACUGACCAAUCAUAUAAACAUAACCUUAUACGGAACAACUUCAUUAACAUGCAAACUCCCACGAACCUUCACUACUCGCCACAACUACAAAGGGUUUCCCCUGGCCUUAGGUUUAGAGUUGCUUCGGCUUGGCCAACUCCCACAUCUCUCCCUUUACUGUUUUACAAAAAAUAAUAACAGAAAACCUUUCCCAAAAAUUUUGUAAAGCUCUUUCUAAAUAACUAAUUGAACAUGACAACUCUGAAAAUAUAACAAAACUUACAACCAAAAUCAACAAACUCAUCUUAACAAACAACAACAGUUAAAAGAAUUCAUAAUCUAAUUUUUACUAGUGAUACCAAUCAACUUAAACAAAGUGCAUUAAACCAGUCUUUGAGAGCUACAUUUUGGAGCCAAAACUUGCCCAUGUCUGCACCUUCCCAUAUAGUCUUUGUCUCUCUUUCUCUUGGGGAUUUUUCUUAGCAUUCUUCUUACAGAUAUUGUUGCAGUGGCAGCAGAUAUGGUUUUAUGCUUCUAGCUUAAAUCUUCUUUACCUGUAAAAAUAUAAAUAUGCCUCCUCCCCUCCACAAUUUACAAGAUUCAAAAAUUGCAUACAUGGUUUUAGCAAGUCUUUCUCUUGUGGAUACUGCCUCUACUUCCCCUUUGUUUUGUAUAAGAGGUGCUUGAAAGAUUUAUGGGCUCUGUCAAUGAGAAGGUAUACUGGUGGUGUGUGUGUUUUUGUUACGAAAAUAAAGAUAACAUAAGAUCAAAACAAUAUGCAGCAAAACAGUAGACUUACAUUUAAACAAAAUUAAAGUAGAUAUUUGUGGUUGUAGAGACGGCCACGACACUCACAGUGCUUCAGUAAAACUUCAGAGGACUUCAAGCAUCAGCUCCUUGUUAUCUAAAAGUCUUUCAUACCUUUUCUAUGUAGCCUCCCAUGGGCAGCUCCACACAGCUCUGGCUCUUUCUCUCCUUCUCUCUUCCUUCUGCAGUUACAACUUGCUCCUUCCUGUCCCCAGCACAGCCACCUAACCCUGUUCUGUCCCUUGUACAAUGUCUUGCCCUUUCUGUCUCUUGCAUGACCUCCUAUCCCUUCCUCCUCACAGCACGGCCAGCAGACUCAACUGACUCCAACCAACUCUUUUAUCACACCCAUAGCUGUGAGGGCAAGGCUGUUCCCACUCACGAGUAAUUAACACAGCUGCAAUAUAUCAGAGGCAAGAUUGCCUUUAGCACUGUCUCCCCACAAUUCCCCUUUUCUUUUUUUAAUUAUUAAGUUGAACAUUUCUAGAAAAGCAUGUUCGGAUAAAUUGACAUUAUAACAUAUAAAUACAACACAUGUUUUACCAGACUAGCAAAUAAAUACAUCGUACUGAGUAAUAGAAUUUCUUUGUCUUCAAUUUCUUCUUGAUUACUUUUCUUGUUUCUUCUUCAGCUGUGUUGCUUUGCUACUGGUAAAGAGCCCUAAAAAACACACUUUAACAUUAAAUAUGUUUCAUAAUGUAAAUGCCAUUUCUUUAAUUUAUCUUUUAAAGACUGGCAAAAGAUAAGGCAGUAUAUCCACAAAUUAACAAAUAAUUUGGCUACAAUAUCAUAAAACACAAACACACAAAUUUGUACAAUAAACCAGUAGCUAUACAGUAUGAAGUAGUUACACACACAUAGACAGACAUGGAAUAGAACUUAGUGAGACGCUGUAAUUUACUGUUCCCUCUUUUCUGCCAGUCACUAUUGUAUUGCUUAUUCAGUUCUCUAUAUUUUUGUUUCCAUGCUUCUAGUUCCAAAACUAAUCUGUUGGUCUCUUGUACUCUAAUUUUUCACAUCUGUAAAUGGAGGGUCUAGAGAAGCAGUAAGAAAAUGAAGCAGUAAAAAUUAAGGGUAAGGUACUGUAAGGUACUGUAAGCAGUAGAAAUGUCCCAGCUGCUUCUGACAACCUUCAUCCCUUCCAUCUACACAGAACCUGACACUGCUACUUCACUACUAGAGUCACUUUAGAGUCUAGGACAGGGGUUCAGAGGGAUGUUUUAUCUAGGUCAUAGCUACAGAAAUCUUCAACUUGCUGGCUCUUCGUCGAUCUUCUUUGCAAACAGAGAUUUUCCGAAAGUUGUGGACAGCAGGAAGGGUGGAAUUCUCAUUCUGUCCUGCCAAUAGGUGCCUGUCCAGCACUGCAUGGACAGCCUCCAUGCAGUGCUGGACUGGCAACAACUGGCUGUUGGCACUGAAUGUAGCUCCUUCACAAUAAUGAACAAACUAGCAAAAUUUAUGGCCUCUCAUUAACUGUACAACUUACAAGCAUUCAGGAGCCCUUAUUUCUCAGGUGCAAACAUUCAAACCAGCAGUUUUAAAGCACACAGCCAAAGAGAAGCAGACUUCUCAGCACUUCAGGUGACGCAAACAACAUGUCCAUUGGUGUUUCAGAUAGGAGGGUUUUUUUCCUGAUACUUGAGUCCGUAUUUCUCUCCUUUCUCUGUUCAUUAUGUUCCCAGCGGCUCACCUGUACUCCACAAGUGUCAAAUUACAUCAGCUCUGGACCAUAGGCAGGUACCCCCGUGCUCUCAUGCUUUGCUGGGCUCCGUCUCUGGCUGCAUCUUGCCCUACAGCCCACAUGCAUCACACUGGUCACUGUGUUGGUCAUCACAUUGGGGUCACCAUAUGUGGUGUACAUGAACUGUAAGGGCAAGGCUGUUCCCACUCUUGAGUAAUUAACACAGCUGCAAUAUAUCAGAGGCAAGAUGGCCUUCAGCACUGUAUUUCUCCCCACAGAUACUAUAUGCAAUAUAGUAAAAAUGGUACUUUAGAAUUUAAAUAAGUAUAUUUUUGCAAGUAUAACAGAACUUGCAAUUAAUUCUCUUAAUACUUAGCUUUAUUAAAAUAUUGCUAAACUGAACAGAAAUUAAUCUUAAUAAAAUUAUGUAAACUCUGUAAUUAUAAAAACUCUGUUUGGCUGUUUUGUUUAAAUUUGUACUAAAAAGGUUAAGAGGUGGACAAGAUUUGUAAGUAAUAAACUACGGGUUAGAUGUUUCUGUGGGCAGAUGUGAGUCAUCUACAAUGCUGAAGUAAGCAAAUUGUCUGGGAGGUUUUCAGUGAAGGAAAAUAAAUCUUCAUAUUCGCUACUGUUUGUUGGUUUGGGGAAUUCAUUGUUUGAUGGUAGAAUGCUGUUGAAGAGAGCUUCACAUUGGUUAUCUAGAUUUGUAGACAAACUAGUUGUUGGUUCUAUGGGUACGGGGGGAGGGUUGUUUGGAUUUGUGGUGGUGGACAGGAUACUGCUGUGCUGUUGGAGAAGAGUUGUUGAAUAAUGUAAGGCAGGAUUUGAGAUAGAGAUUUAGGCUUGUUGGGAGUAGUGGGUUUAUUUUGCACAGGGAGGACUUGAUUAUUAGUUUGAUGUUCUUGGGAGCAGUAGUUGAGUGGUUGCUAUUAGUGUACUGUUGUUUGAGGUAUUCAGUGGUAAAUUCUCACCACUACUUUGUUUGUUAUCUAGUGAAUUUGGUGGUGCAAAGAAUUGAUUGAUAUUUGUAAUGUUGUUGUUGUAGCAGAUGAACAUACUUGGAAUUUAUUUGCGGUUUUUGUUUCUUAUUUUUUUUUCCUUUUUCUUUUUGGUCAGGUGGAAUAUAUUGAUGGAACUUUAGUUUUUUCACUUUUGGUUCAGGGGUCUUUACAUCUUUUGAUGUUUAUUUUUUGGGUUCUUUCAAUCAUUGCUUGGCCUGUGAGGGAGUGAAGAAUACCUGCAGUGUGUGUGAUUCCUCAUGAAUUAAAGAAUUAUUGUAUCUUGUAUGAAAUAUAUACAUAAGGAAAUGAGGAUGUUGCUGGAAAAGAAUGAAAAUUAAAGUCUCAAGCAAAGAACACAACUGAUUAUUACUAACCAUCUUUAAAAAUUAAUUUUUAACUUUGCCAACAAUACCUGCAACGUGCUUGUAAAAUAAGGCUACAGAACUCAAUAAUCAUCAAAUAGUCAAUAUUUUAUCAUAUUUGUUCAUAUUAAUCUAUAUUUGUUAUUCAUUCAUAUUCAUUCAUGUUGGUAUUCAUAUAUAUAAAAUAUACUAAAUACUUUGUACCAGAAGUCAUAUAUUAUAGUAGUCAUACAACCUUUCCAUAGUCUGCACUACCAGGUGUUCAUGGGAAAAGCUGUAGCUUAUGCAAAGGCCUACAGUAAUAUAUCUACAGAGGGUCUAAGUUUUGUCCUAGGAAUUGUUAGCUAAACACCUGCUGGAACAUUCUAGGCUUAUGCAGGAAGACCUGAUAACAGCACAGUCGUUAAUAAAUAUAAAAAAUACACUUCUUUUAAUGUCUUUUAAUGUCCCUUAACAGUUGCAGGUUAGGCAACUUAGAGUAAUGAGACAAUACUAAACAAAACAGUUGUAACACACAAAAUCAAAAUUUCAACUUCACAGAUUCAUUAUGCCAAAAAGGUAUAUAAAGAAACAAGUAAUGUCUAUUUCAUCUUGGGGAAUAACUGCAGCUUCCAACUGUGCUGAAAACUGAAACAUAGGUUGAGUCAUUCUAGACUGGGGCUGUAAAGUUGCAGGUUUCUCUUGUGUAAAUGGUGGAUUUGUUUGAAGACCAAGUUCAGGCAGCUGUCUCAAAGGUAGUGUCUGAGUGCGUGGUGGUUAAGCACUGUGCUAGUGAAUGGGAUUUUUGAUAUUGGAGGUGAUGUUUCUGUAGAGCUGUUUGGUCUUGAGGUUUUGGUGGUGGCAGGGUUCGAAGUGGUGGUAGGUGAUGCUGUUGAGGGCUUGGGACCUUGGCUGUCUGGUUUACUAUAGGCCCCUUCUCCUGCAAGACAGUUUAAUGUUAAUGCUGCCCACAUUUUGUCCCCAGCAUAGUCAGUUAACAAUCAAUUCAAUAGUCUCUUCCCACAGGGCAUAUUCAGUUGGUGAUAAUAACAUUGUCAUAAUAUGCUUUAAAUCAUGGGGGUAAAUACAUGAGUGGUAAACGUGGCACAAACUAGGUUGUUAAAAUAGAGUGAGUCUCUCCCAUGAUCUUUUACCAUUCUGCAAAGCUCUUUUAUUUCCCUAUAACUCAUGGGCUCCCAUCUCGGGUAACUCCUGCCCUUCAAUAGCGUACUGGCGCAACAGUGAACUUUGAAACUAUCUGUCAGUUUCCUUCCUUCAUAGCAGCCUUUCACAGGGUCUUCUUCUUCUGGAACUGGGGGCUGAGGUAGUAGAGCAUCGGUGUCUGGAUCAUUCCGUUCUUCCGAGGAGGAGGAAGAAUAGCUUAGGGCAAUAGCAGUUUUGUUAUCAUUAGAAUUGUGGCAAUGCCUUUUGGCCUUGUCUGUAGUGGCUGCCAUGUUGCUGGUUGGUGAGGUGGAAGGGCCUUGGGCCAAAAUGGCAGACUUCUUGGAUGCAGUUCAGUUUCUAGCUUAGUGUUGGAGGCGUGGUUCAAAUGGAAGAUGGAGUGAUUGACGUUGCAGGCAAGGUCUGAGAUCAAGGGGAUGAAGUUAGAGGAGUGCUUUUGGGCAAAAAAAGGGGUUGUGGGGGUAGGAAGUGGAGGAGCCAAGAUGGUGGGAGGAUGGUCAGGCUCCCUAGUCACAUGAUGACCCCUUCCAUCGUGGGUCUCUGGGGGACAAUGCUCAGGAUGGCAUGGCCAGCGCCAUCUUGGACCAUUGUGGAAGGUUUGCCAAGGAAAGAUUGCAGGGAAGGUUUCAGGGUAGGGGCAACUGAUGGACCAGGUAAUUGACACUUAGCUCACUGGUGAAGGGUCUCAAGGAGGGUAUGGAAAAUGGAGAGCAUGCGGGGCAUGAUGGAAUCCCUCUUGGUUGAUAGAUUGUAUGAUUUAACUCCCACUGAGUCCCAGAAUUCGGUGAAAUUUGAAAUUUCAUCAACAGAGGUGUCUAAAAUUUUUAGAGACCCACCUCGCUAACAGUUUCAAUUCUUUCUUUGAAUAUUUUUACCAUGGUCUGUCAAAAUUAACUUAAAACGUCCAUAUAUGCUCCUUUCUACUUUGGACAUACAGCCACCCAUUUUCUUCUGUCACAGCCUUAGGGGGAAUAGCUGCCAGAACGCCCCAAAUCUUUAUGACUUGCACCCAUCUUUUAAAACACAAUGGCAAAAUUAGUAUUGAUGUACUGUGCUUCCCCAAAACCCACCUGCAGUUCUUCUCAGGUGAAACCGUCACUGUCCUUGCCAGUCCUGCUUGAGGUCCUUUGUACUGACAAAUUAAUCUGCCGGGCCCAGCACAAUCCACAGUCCUGGGGAGCGCUGGCCUACCCAUCAGUUAUCCCCAGCUGACAUGACUGAUACCAGGAACUCUGAAUGUCAGGGUCCCUGUCAGAAUGUCACUUAUUGCAUGAGGGUAGCUGUGACAAACCGAUAGGUCCCCUGAUUUCAGGGCAGAGAAAAUAAUUAGGAGUGGGAAUGACAGUUGGCACUAGAAAAAGAACACUUUAAUAACAGAUAAAAGAAAAUAGGGACAGUGCCCCAAAACCAUGCAUAGUACCCAGGAGAACUUUGGAGGGGUAACCAACCAAAGACCUGGAACUCAGGAAAACAUGACAAUGUAUAGGGUAGGUCUGAGUCCAGUCAGAUUUUCAAACUGGGAACAUAACCGUAUUUGUACAACAUAACUGACCAAUCAUAAAAACAUAACCUUAUACAAAACAACUUCAUUAACAUACAAACUCCCACGAACCUUCAUUACUUGCCACAACUAGAAAGGGCUUCCCAUGGCCUUAGGUUUGAGUUGCUUCAGCCUGGCUAACUCCCACAGUUAUAAAUACCAAUCUUUGGAAAAGUUUAUUGCAAGAACUACCUCCUGUAUUAUCCUAGUAAUAAUAAGGAAAAUAUUUGCAGCAUGUCAGCCCAGCACAGGACAAUUUCCAAGCUGAAGUGCUAUUUCUGUUUUGAAAAUAGUUUUCCACCUUUUGAAAAUAGUUUUUCACCUCCUUUUCUCCU